UCACAGGACAGUUCAGAGGGAGAGAGAGGGCGACGUCACAUUUUCUCACGAUGUCACAAGUUGACGUUAGUUAACGCAAAUUAUGCAAACUUGUGUCGUUCCAUCCCAGAACAUUAGAAGAUGAGACUCAACAACCAACCGUUGCUAUAGCAACCACGACAGCCUCAGAGUAAACUAAGGAAAAAGAAUCUGUGAUCGUAAUGUCCUAUAGUUAAAGAUGGACCUGAAGCCCAGGGAGUAACAGUUAUCCACCAGGGGGCGACAGGAACAUUCGUCAUGUUCACAUUUCUAACGCUAACCCUUCCUUUUGUAAAUGUGAACGACAAAGAGACUCAAACAGUGACAAAAAGAAGUGAUGUCAUGGAAAGAAGCAGCCAGGAAAUGACACUGUGACUCAGCGCUGAGUCACAGUAUCAUUUCCACUGAUGUCCUAAAAACAGACUGCAGACAUGUUUGUCUUCGUCUGUCUUCUCUUGGCCGGACUCGCCCGCCUCGUAUUCACUGACGAUAAGACAGUGACGGUGCUGCAGGAUGGAGACGCCACGCUGCUCUGUCCUCACGUGGCAGGAGACGCGUCGUGGAGUCGCCUCGUCAACGGGAACCACGUGACUCUCGCCUCCAUCGCUAACGGCCGCGUGGACGUCCGAGACGAGCGCUGUGGUCUGUCGACAGACAACACUCUGGUCGUCCGCGGCGUCCGGCGCUCGGACACCGGCUGGUUUUUCUGUAACAGGAAACAAGCGGCGUAUCUGGAGGUGACCACUGAUCCCAACAUGGCCGCCACCAACGCACCGGGGACCAACGGGAACGCAGCGGACGCAGUACGCUUUCCGUCAGACGUAUGGAAGGUCGUUGUGGGCGUGGCCAUCGGUGCUAUUCUGAUGCUGCUGGUCGUGUUGAUCCUGAGACUGUGGCCAGACUGGAGGGCGGGGACAAACCCCAGCAGGGGCGGAGCUCCAGCUGAGGUCAUCUACGAGGAGGUGGAGUACGGCGGCGUGCAGCCAGGGACUGAACCCGAAGUCCAGAGCCAGUAUUACAGCUCGAUCGUCACUGAGACGCCUGCGCUCGGCGACCUGUACAGCGUCGUGGUCAACAAGACGAGAACUACAGGUCGCCAUGGUGACGAGUGCGUGUACUCACUCACCCACAAUCCUUCACAGACAGGAAGCAGCCAAUGAGAGGUUGUCUAACGUCUGCACUCACAAGAACGCGUCCAAGCUUCUACAAAAACAUCGCUCCAUCACCAUGAACGCUGUCGCACCGUGCAUCGCCAACUUUACAGAGUCUGAGUGUGAAUGUGUGAAUGGAUGAAUGGAUGAAUGGAUGGCUGACAUAUGAUGUCCAUGUCCAUGUUAAACAGAAGUAACGAUCAUUUCUUUGUCUGUUAUAACUGCUAUUACUAUUACUGCUACUGCUAUUACUACUACUGCUGCUAUAACUACU